GAGGAACAGAGAAGGACGAGCCGUGCGGGAGGCAGGCGGUGCUGCGGUGACAUCAGGAGCCGCACAUUAUAAAUCCGGCCUGAUGGCAAGCGCACAUCCUUUCCGCCGUCAGAGAGCCGAGCGGGGAUCACUGCUGCAGGAAUCAUGGCACCAGCUGGAGAGAAGAAGGGAAUCCUGGAGCGUCUGGAUGCGGGAGAGGUCGUGAUCGGGGACGGAGGCUUCGUCUUCGCCCUGGAGAAGAGAGGCUACGUCAAAGCAGGACCGUGGACACCUGAAGCCGCAGCCGAGCACCCUGAAGCGGUGCGUCAGCUGCACCGCGAGUUCCUGCGUGCGGGAGCCAACGUCAUGCAGACCUUCACUUUCUACGCCAGCGACGACAAACUGGAGAACAGAGGCAACAAACAGCGCUUCACCGGGCAGCAGAUCAACGAGGCAGCUUGUGACCUGGCCAGGGAGGUGGCCAAUGAGGGAGAUGCUCUGGUGGCGGGCGGAGUCUCUCAGACGCCCUCCUACCUGAGCUGCAAGAGCGAGGAUGAGGUCAAGGCCAUCUUCAUGAGACAGAUCGAGGUCUUCGUCAAGAAAGAUGUGGACUUCCUGAUCGCAGAGUACUUCGAGCACGUGGAAGAGGCCGAGUGGGCGGUCCAAGUCCUGAAGACCAGCGGGAAGCCCGUGGCUGCGUCUCUGUGUAUCGGACCUGAUGGAGAUCUGAACCGAGUCAGCCCCGGAGACUGUGCCGUCAGACUCGUCAACGCCGGAGCUCACAUCGUGGGCAUUAACUGCCACUUCGACCCGGCGACGUGUCUGAAGACCGUGAAGCUGAUGAUGGAGGGCGUGAAGAAGGCCGGGCUGAAGGCUCACUUCAUGAUCCAGCCGCUGGCGUACCACACUCCUGACUGCGGCCACCAGGGCUUCAUCGACCUGCCCGAGUUCCCCUUCAGUCUGGAGCCGAGGAUCCUGACCAGAUGGGACAUGCAGAAAUACGCCCGGGAAGCGUACAACGCCGGCAUCCGUUUCAUCGGAGGCUGCUGUGGGUUUGAGCCCUAUCACACCCGGGCGCUGGCUGAGGAGCUGGCGCCUGAGAGGGGUUUCCUGCCCGCCGGCUCCGAGAAGCACGGCAACUGGGGCAGCGGCCUGGCCCUGCACACCAAGCCCUGGGUCCGAGCCAGGGCCCGUCGUGACUAUUGGGAGACGCUGAAGCCUGCGUCCGGACGUCCCCUCUGUCCCUCGAUGUCGACGCCCGACAGCUGGGGCGUCACCAAAGGCCACGCUGACCUGAUGCAGCAGAAGGAGGCGACCUCCCAGGAGCAGCUGAAGGCUCUGUUUGACAAGGCCGCCCACAGCCACUGAGCGCCUCCUCACGACGUUACACUGAAGGUUACACACCAAAAAAGAUCAAAAUGCUGAAGUUUGGGUCUUUUUUUUUUUUAGGACCAUUUUUACUCUGUGGAAGAUGGUAUCGCUUCAAACUCGCUUUCUAGCAUUUACCAUCAACGGGUGCCUGUAAAGAGCAGCUUUCAAUGCACACAGAUGUCUGUCAACACUCCAGAAGUGCCUGAUGUCUUACAAAAAGGAAAAAAUAAAGAUGUGUAUCAGUAAACUUCUAAUUGAACGAAA